AUGGCAGACCAUAUCAUUGGCCUCGUCACAGGCGGCGUCAGCAAAGCCAUCGCCAUCACAUCAGAAGUUGUUGCCGGAGACAAAGGAAAGGCUUCGGCCGCACAGAGGAGAGCGUCCCAAGCGCAGAAUCAGCAAGUGGAUGGGACCGGGAGACGAGGCUCUUCCUCCGACAACGAGGAUCAGCAGAACCUGACCGAGUUCGAGUGGGCGCUCGAGGAGCUUGAGGAGGAGCUAGGUGACCCACCUGCGUAUACUCCAGCUGGGGAACAAGCUAUGGUCAACACGCCACAAGGACUGGACAGGCUGCAACGCCUGCCGCAGCCCGUGGUCAUACCUCAACGGCGGCCAGGAUCGCGGGGACGCGGCUUCAUGCGAGCCUACGCACCAGUUCUGGGCACGCACGCGAACCUGGACCAGUCUACCUUCCUCAAAUUUCUCGGUGACCUAGACAACGCAACCAGUGCAUCGCCGAUCUUGAAUGUGAUCAACCUAGCAUGCUUCAUCGUUGGCUGCAUUCCCGAACCCAUCACCACAGCAGUCAGCGUAGCAGUCGGCACAGCCAGCAUGGUAGCCACCGAGCUACAGACCCGGUACAAAGCCAACGCGUUUCUGGACCGCGCCAACGAAGAGAUCUUCAAGCCCCGAGGCCUGUUCGUCAUGGUCAUGACCUACAAGCCCGAAAGUCCCGAUGACAUGAUCAUGACCGCGGAAGCCACCACCGAUACGGCUUCCGUCGCACUCGUGAAACAGUCAACUGCAACCCACACGCAACAAUUCAUGCGACGUCUGCGCGACUCAAGCGGCAAGACGACAGACGCCCAAAUGCCGGAUUUCGCGCCCCUGAUCCAUCCAGCGCUGGACAUGGUCCUCUCUUCUUCAUCCCUCGCCACGUCCACCACUAGUGAUUCCGAGAACACCAAAGCCCUCAGCCUGAUGAAGCGCAAGUCCUCCCUCGUCCAAGAAUACCUUGACCGCCGAACCCAAGCAGAAUUCGCGAUCAAGAACCCCAAAUCAAAGUACACCGCAGCCCUGGGGCCUACGGCGCAAGAGAAAGCAUACGUCAACCGCUACGCCAAUCCGGAUCACCCAGUGAACAACGGCUCAAUCUUCGCGCUCCUCACCGGCGGCACGUUCGACCCCAUCGGCAUGGGCCGCGUGCAGCGUGCAGAGGCAAAAGCACGGAGGAGCGGCGAGCCACCGUUGAGUGAGCAGGAAAGGCACGAUGCGCUGAUGGGGAGGAAAGUGAGGGGACGUGUCACGGGAACGCCGAGUAAGAGCAUUCCUAUUGUUGGCAAGAUCUUGAAGAACGAUGCGCUGUAUUUACUGGUGGCUAAUCUGCCCACGGACGAAGAGGUAAGGGCGGUGAGGCAGCAAAUGGAUGUUGGGAGGAGAUGA